AUGGACGACGCGACUCUACCAGCGAUGCCUCCACUCCGCCCUUCUUCACCAGCCCUUCUUCCUACCGAAUAUGAACCCGAACCGCCUUUCACUCACUCCGACAACAACGAAGAACUCGAGCCAGCCAAUCCUUCUCACGAUACUACUACAACUGGUUCGCUAAAAGAAGAGGCCGCUGAUUACGAAGGAAAGUUAGAAGGUGGGAAGCAGAAGAGGAAACGAACUAGUCCCGAAGACCAAGCUUUUCUCGAAGCCCAAUACAAGGAAGAUCCUAAGCCGAAUAAAGCAGCGCGUGCGGAGAUUGUUAAGAGUGUUAGGUUAAAUGAGAAGGAAGUCCAGAUAUGGUUCCAAAAUCGUCGCCAAAUUAAUCGAAGAAAGUCGCGUCCACUUCUCCCACAUGAGAUUGCGGCGUUUGGUCUUGGUAUAAAUAAUUUGUCUUCUGAUCCUGCGCCCGUAUUUAGCUAUAGUAGCAGUCAGGAAACGGAGGAGCACAGCGAAUCUUUUCUGCCACACGAGCCAUUGGACAUACUGGAUGACGAAGAGGAACCUAGACUUUCACAAGACCGACAACUGCCGGCAACCGAAACUACUCCCAUGAUGAAGCCCACAGAAACAAUCGCGGAAGAUACCCAAAACUUACCGUUGACAGUCGAGCCCAGCCCUCUAGUCUCAGAGACGGUCACGAAGGAAACCCCCUCUCAAUCUGUUCCGGAAGUCUUGUCUCAGUCGUUCUCAGCUACACCUGGAUAUUUAGCAAAUCGUUGGAAUACCGUCAGCCCAUUUGCAACCCCUGUUUCUGCUCAAAGUGUCAUGUUCACAACUCCUGCCGUUUCUCGGCCAGUUUUUCCGUCGUCUUGCCCUGAAAGAAUCACGACAGAUACUACCCCGUCUGCUACAUCUCGCGUGCGACUUUCGACCGGCCUCGAUGGUAGGGCAGAGUUAGUCGAAGGAGAAAUCACCCCUCCCCGCCCACAACCAGAACGACCUACUUCGUCUUUGUCCAGUGUCAUUCCACUGAAGCGGAUGCGAAGCUUACAUCGCAGCCGCAGUGCUCUGUCUUUCGGAUCUUCUUCUUUCAGUGGCCCUUUCAUGCCUCGUUUACUAAGUGGCCGCUCGCGUGAUGCGCGAACUUGGGAAUUCUGUGCCGAAGGGGAGCCACGUGAUGAACUCACAACUCAGGCUGAAAACGAGUCCAAUGGUUCAGCAAUCGCAGCGAUCAGUCUUAUUCGGUCGACUAGUGGCAGUGCUUUAAAGUCCAACCCCAGCAGACAAAACACGGCAUCUCGACCAAAUCCGCAAGGAAAGAGACCUAAGAUGGGACGUGCUUCAUCAAGUGUGGCGAGAAUGCAGAGCGGGGUUCAGAAGGCAGGACAAGAUGUCACUGAUAAAGAUCCGCUAAUGAGAUCUCCAUCGGGAGACUCGGACAAAGAAAAUUGGACCCCACACGAAACUGGCGUAAAUCCACGCCGGCGACCUGCUCAUAUUAGAAAGGGAAGUGAGAGAGAACCGAAAGGAAUUCUUCAAGACAAUCCUGUCCUUCCUACUCAUGCAGAGUUCGGCAUUGAUAAAAAUAAAAGAAGAAAGAGCGCACAUGCCGAACCUCAGGUCUAUGAGGAUGCAGAAAAUAUUGCAAAGACCACUAAAGCCCCGGAUGAUGAUGUUCAGCGUUUCAUGCGAGGUCCGAUGUCUGAAACACAAGUACCAUCGCAAAAGCUUCAGGUUCUUGAUUCUUACAUCAAUGUCGAUUUUGCCAAACUUUUUAAUUCUUCUGUUUCUAUCUCAGAUGAGAAAUUUGAGAUUAUAGGAGCAGCUGACAGCAAAAAGGAGCCAAAAUUUGCUGGUGAAGAUGGGAUUGAUAUUCAUACAAUCGUGGAUAAUGGUGCCAUUAUUGACAAUGGGGAAGGUGUUGAUCCUCUCACAAUUAUCAGCAAUACAUUUGUUUUGACACCAGAACCAUCACAGUACAACUCCAGAUCAAGCUCAAUGUCUGCCACUGUUAUUUUCAGUCUCAAAGACGACAAAACAGCUCAGAUUACAGGCAACUCUGGCAAUACACACAAAGGAACAGUGUCUGAGACCAAUGCUGCUCCAGAGACAGGUGUUCUUCGCAAGGUACACAAAGGAGAUAUGCACAAUCCAAUUAAUGAAUCAGCCAGUCCUCCUACUCCACCCAUCACUCCUUCCACAGAGCCAUCUAUUUAUAUCCCAGCAAACCGCAUUGAGCUUCGAGCACUAUACGAAAAGUUUCCCGAUAUCUGUCCUAGUAUUCCAGCAUCUCCACCCGCUUUCUACAACAGAGGUGUCAAUCACCUUUUAAACUAUGCACGAUCACCUCCCGCCACACCGCGCAGAUAUGGCCAACCAGACUCGCGCCGUCUCGCGGAGUCUUUCGCUUCCAGAACUCGACUUCCUGCUCAAUCAACAAUGCUUCCAAAGAUGCUAAAGGAGAGUCUGAGAGAUUGGUAUCAGAUGGUGGGAUUUAUGGAAAAGUGUCGACGCGACGAGGAACUCAAUCCGUAUCCGCACUUGAAUUUGAACGAGGGGUGGAAUCGCGCGAGGUGUCAGGGAGAACAGUGGCACGAUUCCUUUUCGAGACCGUGGCAGAAACCUAAUAAGAAGAUUCAGGAUGCUGUUCGUACGAAAGAGCAAUUGGCGAGAUUUUCGUGGAGCGAGCAGGGUGAUUCGAUUGUUGUGGAUGGGGGGUUAGCGAAGGGGGCUUUUGAGAAGGUUUUUCAUGGCGUGGAUGCGGAGAGGGAGAGGAUGGCGGGUCGGGGUCAGAAGAGAACGCCGGGUGCGUGGUGGGCUCAGAGAAAAGGCUUGUUUUUUGAUAUGAAGGGGAGGGGGUUUAGGGAGGAGAUUUAUAUGAAGAAUUGUCAGAUUUGGGACGGAGUAAAAAAAUGGGCUGCAAGUGAUGCCGGUGAAGGACGUGGCAACUUAAAGCGAAAAAUUGAUGCGGUUGAGGAAAUGGCUGCGAAGGCAGAUGAUUUGGAACAGACGCAGAUUUCAGAACCGAAUCCGAAGAGAAACAAAGCCCGUCGCCGAAUAGCACAAGUCAUGAGCGACAAAUGGAGAGCCAAGCGAAGAAUUCAAGAACAGAAAGCCGGCAGAUGGACCGACGGAACCCUCUUGCAGAAUCGCAUGUGGGCCGAAUUCCACUGGGUACUCGACGCCAAGGACCACCACGAUCGACGCUUCUUCGAUACUCGAGAUUGGGCGCGGAUCUUUGCGGAAAGAGGAUGGCCUGGUGUUACGAAAAAUCAGGUGUGGCUUGAAAUUUAUUACGGAUGGGGUCCGUUGCAGAGCUGGCUCUUUCGAUAUACUCUUGCGGUGCAAAGACACUAUAGAAUGUAUAGGGAGAGGGAAAAGGAAGUCGCACAGAGAAGGCAGAGGCAGUGGGCUGGCGUUGAUGAUGUUUCGGAGAAUCGCUGUGGCUAUACUGGCUACGGUCGAUUGUAG